UAGCAGUUGGCUAUACUGCCCCUCCAUCUUGGUGGUGAGAUGAUGGUUUUUCAUCGGUGCAGGACAGGGUUCCUGGGAAAUAAAAAAAAGCCCUAUAGAUGGCGUUGCACACUUCGGAGAACGAUGGUUACAUCACAUGCGUAGCCAUCAACUAUCUUGAGGGGACAGCACAUCCGCGUCCGGUGGUCGAAAACACGGAAGCAACAACAGCCCCUCGCCGCCAGGCGGCGUCACCUUCUGCCGCGCCGACGCGCUCGUGCUGUCUGAGGACACGGGAAUGGGCACACCGGUGCUGGUUCCGACCACCGGUGCUCCGUCCGACCCUGAAGAGUCCUAGGGAGAGGGCGGUGCGUGAGACAAGGAGUGAAGCGACUCAGUCCGGAAAAGAUGUCACUGUGCAGCUGCUGACGGUGCAACUCUGACCUGGAGCUCGUUAGCUGCGGCAGCUAGCAGCUGUCAGUGAUUACGGGGACCGUUAUAGUGUCCAUUCGAUUGACAGCGGGGUCGACAAACUUGUGAAGACUGGAAAACUGUGCGCCAUUGUUGUCGGUGAACAACAGAAGGCGACCAAUAUCGAGAGACCCGGGGCAGUGGUUGGAUGAGAGCAGAUGGCCUGCGUUAUUUUGAUGGACAUGGACCGAUCAGCCCCUCGCCCUCAAGCACCUGACAAUGACCUCCUGGAAGACGUCAGCGAAGUUUCUCUUGGAACAAAGUCGAACAUGGAGUCUGCUACUCUGAGCGUCCACCUCUACUUUCUGGGAAAAACGGGAGAUGGAGGAGGAACUCCAAGAGCAUCAUCAGAUCAAGUUCUAACGUAUCCACCUGGGGACUACGUGGCUGAGGAACUGUGCAUCCAUGCAGCAAAAGCAUGUGGUAUUGCUCCUGUGUACCUCAACUUGUUCGGCCUGAUGAGAGAAAGUGACCAGAUAUGGUUUCCUGCUAAUCACAUCUUCAAACUGCACGAGUCGUCCAGAGAAAGCCUGCAGUUCAGAAUCAGGUUUUACUUCCCUGGCUGGUAUAACAGUGGCAGCUCUUCUUUUGCACACCGCUAUGGUUUUUCCAAAGGCACGGAGACGCCAGUGAUGGAUGGUUGUGUCAUGGCAUAUCUGUUUUUUCAGUGGCGUAGAGACUUUCUGAGUGGCAAAGUUUACACCCAGUUGAGUCACGAGGAUCAGGAGGAGUGCUUAGGACUGGCUGUGCUGGACAUGAUGAGACUCGCCAAAGAGUGUGGGCUAUCACCCGUCGACAUCUGCAAUGAAACCAGCUACAAGUCCUUCCUCCCGAGUUGCAUGCGGAGUCGUAUCCAAAAAUACAACAUCUUGACUCGCAAGAGGAUCCGGUUCCGCUUUAGGAGGUUCAUUCGCCAGUUUGGUGAAUGUAAGGCCACAGUUUGUAACCUCCAGCUCAAAUACCUCAUGAGCCUGGAGAUGCUGCUUCCUUCGCUCUACACCGAGCGCUUCCAGGUCACAGACCUCUCUGCUAGUGAGGUCACCAUUGUUGUCAUGGGCAACACAGGAAUCCAGUGGUCAAAAGGAGCAGAAGAGGAGCUGAAGACAUACUGUGACUUCCCUGAGGUGAUAGACAUCGGCAUCAAACAAGCCAAUAAAGAUGGCUCAGUGGAGAGUCGGAUCGUCACCCUCACGCGACAGGACAACCAGACCCUGGAACUGGAGUUCCACUCCCUGUCUGAAGCCUUGUCAUUUGUGUCGCUGGUGGAUGGAUAUUACAGACUAGUUGCUGAUGCGCACCAUUAUCUUUGCAAAGAGGUUGCCUCCCCAAGACUGCUGGAGUGUAUCCAGAACUACUGCCAUGGCCCUGUGUCAAUGGAGUUUACAAUCGGUAAACUAUGUCGCAGUGGAAACAAUCAGGGGCUCUACAUUCUCCGCUGUAGCUCAAGGGACUAUGACAAAUUCUUCAUGUCCUUUGUAGUCGGGUAUGACUCGAUGGUGGAGUAUAAACACUGCCAGAUUGUGAGGACAGAGUCAGGCGAGUUCAUCCUCACUGGUGCCAAGAGACGCUUUGGUUCACUCCUGGAACUUCUCAACUGCUACCAGAAGGAGGCGCUACGAACUGAUGGCUACACAUUCCAACUUAUCAAAUGCUGCCCACCCAACCCCAAAUACAAAUCCAACCUGCUGGUGUGUAGAAACAACCAGGGCCUGCAGGUUCCUGACUCCCCGUCCCUUCACAGGCAUAUUAGCCAGAUGGUCUUCCACAAGAUCCGAAAAGAAGACCUGUGCCUGAACGAAAGUCUUGGUCAAGGAACAUUCACCAAGAUCUUCAGCGGCGUGAGGAAGGAGCUGAGAGACUACGGCGAGGUGCACCACAUGGAUGUUGUCAUCAAGAUACUGGACAAGGCUCAUCGCAACUAUUCAGAGUCAUUCUUUGAGGCUGCCAGCAUGAUGAGCCAGCUGUCACACAAACACUUAAUUCUCAGCUACGGUGUGUGUGUCUGCGGAGAUGAGCACAUGAUGGUGCAGGAGUACGGCAAAUUUGGCUCCCUGGACAUCUACCUGAAGAAGAACAAAAGCACUGUCAACAUCACCUGGAAGUUGGAGGUUGCGAAGCAGCUGGCCUGGGCCAUGCACUAUCUGGAGGAUAAAAACCUUGUGCAUGGAAACAUCUGUGCCAAGAACGUUCUGCUGAUUAGAAAGGAGGAUCGGAAAACCGGGAGUUUGCCUUUCAUCAAGUUGAGCGAUCCUGGAAUCAGCAUCACAGUGCUGCCGAGAGAAGUUCUGCUGGAGAGAAUCCCCUGGGUGCCUCCGGAAUGCAUCGAAAAUGCUCAGAAUUUUAGUUUGGCCACAGACAAAUGGGGGUUCGGGACCACCCUGUGGGAGAUCUGCAGUGGAGGAGACAAACCACUCAGCACUCUGGACAGCUUCAAGAAGAACCUGUUUUACGAGGACAGACACCAGCUACCCGCUCCUAAGUGGACAGAACUGGCCAACCUGAUCAACAGCUGCAUGGACUAUGAGCCGUCACACCGCCCCUCCUUCAGAGCCAUCAUCAGAGACCUCAACAGUCUCUUCACUCCCGAUUAUGAGCUGUUGGUAGAGAGCGACAUGGUGCCAAACAGAGCUCGAGGCCUCGGGUUGCCCUGGACCGCUGAGAGUCACGAGUCGGCCCAGUUUGAGGAGAGACACCUGAUAUUUCUCAAACAGCUCGGCAAAGGGAACUUCGGAAGUGUGGAGCUGUGCAGGUACGACCCGCUGCAGGAUUGCACCGGUGAGGUUGUGGCGGUGAAGAAGCUCCAGCACACCACGGCCGAGCACCUCCGAGACUUUGAGAGAGAGAUUGACAUCUUGAAAUCUCUGCACCACGAAAACAUUGUGAAAUACAAAGGAGUCUGCUACAGCGCAGGGCGGCGAAACCUUCGCUUGAUCAUGGAGUACCUCCCCUACGGCAGCUUGCGAGAUUAUCUCAUCAAGAACAAAGAGCACUUUGAUUCCAAGAAGCUCCUGCUCUACGCACUGCAGAUCAGCAAGGGGAUGGACUAUCUGGCCAUGAGACGUUACGUCCAUCGAGACCUGGCGACAAGAAAUAUCCUGGUGGAGAGUGAGAUCAGGGUGAAGAUCGGCGACUUUGGGUUGACCAAAGUGCUUCCACAAGAUAAGGAGUACUACACGGUGAAAGAGCCUGGCGAAAGUCCCAUAUUCUGGUACGCGCCUGAGUCCCUGACUGACAGCAAGUUCUCCGUGGCGUCUGAUAUUUGGAGUUUCGGCGUCGUCCUCUAUGAGCUCUUCACUUACAGCGACAAAAACGUCAGCCCACCGGCGGUGUUCAUGGAGAAGAUGGGUCAUGAGAAGCAAGGUCAGAUGAUCGUCUAUCAUUUGACCAAACUGCUGAAACAAGGAUACAGACUUCCUGCCCCGGGGAACUGUCCAAAGGAGGUUCACAAGAUGAUGACAGAAUGCUGGUGCGGCGACCCGGGACUGCGACCCACCUUCAAGGCUCUGGUCCAAGUGUUGGAGACAUUCCGAGAUAACUUUGAUGUGUUGGACAUAAAAUGACUUGUUGAUGCGAAGUGACUGGUCAUGCGCCCCUGGUGUGUGCAACCCACACCUUUAGAGGAGACGUCCCUCUCUUUCCACAUUGACCUGGAGCAGCAAACGUCCCACUGACCACUGCUGUGUUGUUAGACCUCUCAUCCCUGGGCCACCGUCGCUGCUGGCUGAGCAGAGGUUUGGCAGCCCUCUAUUAAGAAAACAUUCAAGGUGUCUACGUCUAAGGGAAAUGCCAAGCAUCUGCUGCCUGGUUCUUUCAGGCACCACCCAUAGUAGAACACACAAUCCUCCCGCUCUGCUCAUUUAUCACCCACUGCCAUGAUGCCACACGUAUGAUGCCGCAGUGCUGGAAUUCUCGCACCAAAGAUGCGGGAGCAGUCACCAGAUGGCGGACGAUGCUGCAGACGUCUGGGCACAUUUUUGCAGUGGCGAAGUUUUACCGAAAUUCUGACUUGGAGAUCAACAGAAUUUGCUUUUUUUCUACGCUGUGGCUCUAUGAUUGUUUUCUCUACAGGUUACAUCAUUCAUUUUUCAUUCAUCAUUCAUCAUUUUUCCUCCAAAAAAAAAACCUGUGAGAAGAUUUGAUGACUUUGAGUGUGAGUCUGUGCAGUAUAAAGUAGCUUUCAUUCAACAUUCAAGAUUUGAAAGAGAGUUUAUCAUGUGUUUGGUGCCGAAAGUGUUUCUUGUAUCGCCUCGAUGACCGAAACGGAAGUCGUGAAAACAAGCUGUUCACAGCAUUUUAUACUUUUUGUAUCUGUUGAACAGAACUGGAAGCAUCAGUGUAAUAUGACAGUAACAGACAGUAUUACCUUUGUAAUGAUUUUAUUUUUCUUACUACCGUGAUUUUCAGAAUGUACAAGAAAACCACCAAAAUAAAUAUUUUUUACCGUCAUAAGUGAUUACAAUUAUU